GCUGAUUUCACAUGUCUGUGAUCGCUCUGACGAACGGUCUCGUAGUCCGCAGCUCAACAUGCCGGAUUCGUAAAUACGGGGUCUUCAACUGUGAUUGUGUUUAUUUCAAAGUGCUUAUCAAUAAUUAUCAAUACAAACUGUUGGUAUAUUAAUUGCUGUUCUUUAAUUUGUCGAUGUCGCAGACGUGAAUCAUGCGCAGUGACGUGGCGUACCGGGGUCUCUCGCAGCACGUAGAGUUAGAUCGGGCUGCUGACCCUCGGGACAGGUUCACACUGCAAGAGCUGAUAGGUGAAGGAACGUAUGGAGAAGUAUAUUGCGCUAAAGACAAAAAGUCCGGCAAACGAGUGGCUAUAAAGAUUUUAGAAAAUAUUGCUGAAAAUAUUGAAGAAAUUGAAGAAGAAUUUCUUGUAUUUAGAGAUUUGUCAAGUCACCCUAAUAUACCAGAAUUUUUCGGUCUCUUCUUAAAGCGGGGAGUCUCUUCUGAAGAUGAUCAAAUAUGGUUUGUCAUGGAGUUAUGUACUGGGGGUUCUGUGACCGAUUUGUGUGCAGGAAUGCGAUCUAGGGGUAGUCGUUUAACAGAACCACAAUUAGCAUAUGUUCUUAGAGGAACGGUCCGAGCUUUGACUCAUCUUCAUGCUCAUCGAUGUAUGCACCGUGACGUCAAAGGACAUAACAUACUUUUAACCGAAAAUGCUGAGGUAAAACUUGUCGAUUUUGGAGUAUCAUCACAUUUGGCAGCUACAGUGGCAAGAAGAAACACAUCUGUUGGUACUCCUUAUUGGAUGGCGCCAGAGGUGAUUGCUUGUGAGCAGCAAUUGGAUCAAUCCUAUGAUUCUCGAUGUGAUGUUUGGUCAGUAGGUAUAACUGCUAUUGAAUUAGCAGAAGGAGAACCACCGCUAUCAGGGUUACAUCCAAUGCGAGCAUUAUUUCAAAUCCCACGAAACCCGCCACCUACUUUAUCUCAUCCUGAAAUAUUUUCACCUCAGUUAGCUGAUUUUAUAUCUGAAUGCUUAGUCAAAGAUAUGAACCAAAGACCAUUCGCUCGAGAGCUUUUAGAACAUCCAUUAUUAUUAGCAGUCAAUAACUUUGAGGAUAAAAUUCGUAAAGAACUACAUGCUGAAAUUAAAAGGCAAAGAGCUGAUGGUAGAAAAAGCCGUGCUCCGGAGGCUACAACUAAGAGAGGAAAACUUAAAUCACAUAGAAAAGCCAAACCAGAAAAAAUGUACACGGAUGACUUGGCUACUCUCGAAACUCUGACAGAGGAUGCAAUUGUCGAGCAACUACAAAAACGAUAUUCACAGAAUCAAAUUUAUACAUACAUUGGAGAUAUAUUGGUUGCAGUUAAUCCCUUUACUGAUAUAGGAAUAUACACCACUAAGACGCAACAACUAUAUCAAGGUCGCUGCCGGUCCGACAAUUCUCCCCAUAUUUAUGCUGUAGCUGAUGCUGCUCACCAAGCCUUGAUGCAUCAAAAACAAAAUCAGGCCAUUGUUAUAUCUGGAGAAAGCGGCGCCGGGAAAACUGAAUCAGCCAAUCUUCUUUUGAAACAACUAGUCUUUUUGUCAAAAACUCAAUAUGGUAACUUAGAAGAUAAAAUUCUGCAAGUUAAUCCAAUUAUGGAAGCUUUCGGUAAUGCACGCACCGGUAUUAACGCAAACAGCUCGCGAUUUGGAAAAUAUCUAGACCUGGCCAUAAUGAGAGUUGGCAGAAUAUCUGGAGCACGCAUAUCUGUUUAUUUAUUAGAACAGUCCAGAGUUGUUCAUCAGGCAUUGGGAGAAAGUAAUUUCCACGUCUUUUAUUACCUGUAUGAUGGAUUAGAAAGCGAAGGUCGUUGGAGAAAAUUCUACCUGGAUGAGCAAUUAAAAUCCAGACAUCGAUAUUUGCAACCUUUAUCUGUUGUUCAUCGAGAUCAUAAUUUACAUCGAUGGCGUCAGUUGAAUCAAGCUUUUAAGGUGGUUGGUUUUCAAGAUGAAGAAGUACAAAUUAUAUACAGAAUGCUCGCGGCUAUUUUGCACCUCGGAGACAUAGAAUUCGCGGAAACUGCUGGCGAACAUAAUUCUGACAAUAAAGCGACAAUCAUAGAUACAGCACCUUUGCAUAGAGCUUCUUGUCUAUUGGGUGUGGAAACAAGUGAUCUUCGAGAAUGCUUGACUAGCAGUAGUGUGGUUACAAAGGGUGAAACAAUUGCUCGCUACCAUUCACCCACAGAAGCCGCAGUUGCGAGAGACGCCACGUCCAGGGGAAUUUACGCAAGAGCUUUCGACCGAAUCGUUGAGAGAAUAAAUGCACUUCUUUCUCAAAAUAGACCUCAGAGUGAUCAGUUAUCGAUUGGAAUUCUUGAUAUUUUCGGCUUUGAAAACUUCACUAGAAACUCUUUUGAACAACUAUGCAUAAACAUAGCAAAUGAACAAAUACAAUAUUAUUUCAACCAACAUAUAUUCACAUGGGAACAGCAAGAAUAUAUGGCUGAGGGUGUGCCAGUUGAUCUUGUUGAAUUUUCUGAUAAUAGGCCUGUUUUGGAUAUGCUUCUUUCAAGACCAAUGGGUUUACUUGCUCUACUUGACGAAGAAAGCAGAUUUCCACGUUCCACAGACAGAAGCUUAAUUGAAAAAUUUCAUCGUAACAUUAAAAGCAAAUUUUACGUUCGACCAAAGUCAAAUGCCGUGUGCUUUGCCAUUCAUCACUUUGCUGGCCGUGUUGUGUAUCAAGCGGAUGGGUUCUUAGAGAAAAAUAGAAAUUUCUUACCACCAGAAGUGGUACAGUUAAUGCGACAGAGCCAAUACGAUAUCAUAAGAUUUUUAUUCCAAUGUCCAAUAACAAAAACCGGUAAUCUUUUUUCUUCAUUCCACGGGGACAUGGAGGCCAGAAGUUUAGAGAGUCCAACUGGAAUUAUAAGGGAUCGGUUUAACAGUCGAGGUCUUGCAUCACAGUCAAGGGCUCAACAAACUGUAUCAACAUAUUUUCGGUUCUCUUUAAUGGAAUUACUUCAAAAGAUGGUUAGUGGGACACCGCAGUUCAUAAGGUGUCUUAAACCAAACGAUUCUCGAUCACCUAAACAUUUUGAUUCAGCUAAGAUACUUAAACAACUAAGGUACACGGGAGUAUUAGAGACGAUUCGAAUAAGACAAAAUGGAUUUUCUCAUCGGCUUACAUUUGAGGAAUUCUUGAAAAGGUAUGGAUUUUUAGCCUAUAGUUACGAUGAAGAAUUCAAGCCUAAUAGAGAUUCAUGUCGACUGCUCUUACUGCGUCUUAAAAUGGACGGUUGGGCACUCGGAAAGUCUAAGGUUUUUCUCAAAUACUAUCACGUUGAAGUUCUUGCUAGAAUUUAUGAAGAACAGAUAAGAAAAGUAGUAUUGGUACAAGCCUGUGUUAGAGGUUGGUUAGCUCGACGUAACUAUUUACGAUUAAAGGCCCAGAUGGCAAUAUCAGUGCUUACAUUACAAAGACAUGUACGCGGGUGGCUUACAAGAAAGAGGCUAAAAGAGAGACAAAAACAAUUGGCAAGGGAAUUCCAAAAAGGGCAACAGGAGCAGGAAAACCAAAGGAAGCAACGAAAUGCGGGUGUUCCAAAUAAUAAUAAAGGUAUGUUGGCCAAAGUAUUAAGAAGAAUAAACACCGAAGAAUCAGAUAACGGGAAGACAAAUUCAAGCAACAAAGAGAAUAUAGAUUCCAAAGCUGCUGUUGUUAUACAAAGUCAUUUCCGUGGCUACAACACACGUCGUCGUAUGGCUAAAAACCGCCAGGCACCGCCACCGCCACAGCACGCAGCACCGGCUCCACCAACGCAGCAACAUAUCAUGCAGCAGUUCUCUGUGCAAGAGAGAGCAGCUCAAUUGCAAAACUUUGCUGAACAGAUUCACAACCAAAAUCAAGAGGUACAUAAAAAUUUACGCCGAAAUAAGCCAGGUAUACGUCUUCGAGAUGUACAGAAGCCUCCAGAAGAAUAUCAUCCUCCUCCAGGAUUUAGUGUUGUCCCUGGUAUUAUAAAAGAACAGCGGACGCAAGUUGAACGAGAUGCAAGUCGACUUUCAAGAUCUAACGAUAACGAGAGGGACAGUAAGGACAAGCCCCUGCAAACAAAUAAAAACUGGCCAAAUUUGCCUUGCAAUAGGCAAUGUAGCGGUCUUGUAAGUAACAAAAUUAAUCAACUUGUGAAGCAAACGCAAAAAAAUACACCUCCACCCCGUCCUGUUUACAAUUCAGCUAAUGAUCCGGAAUCAGAUCUGCGCAAAAUACUUCGAAAUUCACCAGAAAUGCUCGCAACACCCGUGUUUAGUUCAGACGAAGAUUACACUGAUGGACCUUUUAGAUUCAAACAGCUACUGCGGCCAACUCUUGGUCCCACUGAAAGCUUAAGGAAGCGUAAAGUACGUGCUUCAUCAGGUCGUAGUCCUUGGAUGUCAGACAGCUCCCAAGACAGUAACAGUUCUAAAGAGCUGUAUAACAAAAGACGUCCACAAAUAAGCAUGGGUGUUUAUUAUAAUUAAUCCUCAUAAUUUUAUUAUAUUUCUGCUAUUAUGUUACAUUUUAUCCUUUUAUUGUAUAUUGUAACAAUAAAUGUAUGUAAUACUGUGUCAUUUAAAAAUACUUACUUAGUAUAAUGAGAAUCUUGCUAUAGGCAGUAUCACUUUUUAGUACAUUAAUGUAUAUUUUAUAUAUUCUUAAUACCACCUUAGAAACGUCAAUAUAUUUUAAUUAAGCAAAUACCAAAGUUCCCAUAUAAAAUUUUAUUUAUAAUGUUAUUAAAAAUAAUAAACAUAUGAUGGUGUGUUUUUCCAUUAAAUGAUAUUUAGGUUAUGAUUUAUAUAACAUAAAAUUAACUUCAUUUUAAAAACGUUAUAAUGGAUCAUUAAUUUUAAGUCUACAAUUACCUUUUCUGAAAGUAUUGUUUUUGUUUGUAAGAAAGAAAUAUCUGUUGUUGUUAAAUUCACCACACAGCAUCAUUGACAAUUUUUGUGAUAAUGUGCCAAUGAUUAAUUUAUAAGAGGGAAAAUGAAAUAAAUUGUUGAACAAAA